AUGUCGCAGGCCAGAUUUCCACCGAGGUCGUUGGAUCCAUCUGUAGAAGACCAUUUACGAGUAGAGGCCUUUGAGGGGAAGUUCGAUGUCAGAGACUUUGUGGGAUCGAUUUCCGAGAGACUUAUUGCACAGUCCAAGUCAGAUCCAGGACCGUUCGAUCCAAAGCCGUUCAUCCGGACGUUUGAAGCAGCAGUAGACAAAUUGAUUGCGGUGAGAAAGGAUGUUCAGGCGAAGACAGAGCAGAUGGAGAAGAUAGUGAGAACGACUGAACGGGAUUAUUCGAAGAAGAUGGCUGAGCUUAACAGAGGUUUCGAGUCCGUGAGCCAGUCAUUCUCGGGUAUGGAGACCAAGAUGACCGAAGUUGGCCGCACAGCCGUCAGGAUUGGUGAACAGCUGGAAUCUGUCCACCAACAACGACAGAGGGCCCAGGCAGCGUAUGAUCUCAUUGACUAUUAUCACCAGUUCUCGCGAGACGAUACUACUCGACUGGACGCUCUCAAGAAAGAAGGCAAAGAUGGCAGGCGCCAAGUUGCCAUAUUGUUGCGACGUCUAGGCACUGUAGCGAAGGAAGUCGACCUCCCACACGCUGAAAAGACCAGAGAAAAUAUUGAAAAGUACUGUGAGAAGUUCGAAAAGGACAUGCUCCAUCUUUUCGACCGCGCAUAUCGCCGAGGAGAUCCCAAGAUGAUGCACCAUUGUGCACAGACGCUGCUCGAGUUCAAUGGUGGUGCAUCAUGUGUUCAGGUCUACGUCAAUCAACACGACUUCUUCAUUAACCGCGUACCAGGGAGCAAUAAUGUGGAUGAUCAACUUUGGCAGACUCUUCCAGAUCCGGAUGUCAGUCCUCCCGCCACGGAAGCAGGCAUGCAGGAGCUAUUCCAAGAAAUUCGAGAUACAGUCGGACAAGAAGCCCAAAUCGUCCAAGCGGUCUUCCCAAAUCCUCCUUUUGUCAUGCAGGUAUUCCUGCAACGAGUAUUCGCACAGUCUAUCCAACAACAUAUGGAGCAGCUCCUGAACAGGGCUACUGGAUUGUCUGAUCUGUCGUUCCUACGUAUCAUGCAAGUGGUCCAUCAACAAACGGCGCUGCUUGUCGAAGAUCUCAAGGCGUAUGAAUUGACUACGGUAGCACCUCGGACACCCUCCGAUACCACGGAUUUUAAUGUGACUCUCAAUGGAUCCGCGUCAACUUUUGGAGCUACCUCCGUUGCAACAGUGAGCACGAUGCUAGAGACCGCGAUGGAGGAACUAUUCGUGCCAUACACGGAGGGCCAAAGGUAUCUCGAGCGUGAAAGUAGAAGUCUAGGUCAGCUCUAUGCCAGCUACCUCUCGAACUUCACACGCUACCAUGAGCGGUCACACAAAGGUGGUGGGAAGUCGUCGAUGUUCGAUCGCAUGGUGAACCAGUUGAGCGCUGCCGCAUCCACCACUUCGACAACUGGUAGUGCCACUACCUCCGCCCAGGCUGCCGCUGCGAUCAUGCGCAUCGGCGGACUCAGCUCAAACGCCGACCGUUCACAGGAUAAGGGCGGUGAAGAGCCACUGCGCGAAGAGGACGGCCGUAUAAGUGUCGAUAUCGCGGAGAAGAUGCUCAAGUGGCAUGCAGAAGCAAUCGGGAGAUGCGUAGAAUUAAGUCCCGCGGGUGAAGUGCCCAAGCAUGCGUUCGCGUUACUGCGCGUUCUCUCAGCUGCCGUUGGUGGAGCUUAUAUGGAGGUCGCCAUCGAAACCAUCCAAGCUCGCUUGCAAUCUGCUGAUUGGAAAACGGAGCCUUCGCUGCAGCUUCUCGCGGUUCUGCGCGAGCUAGAUCUUAUCUGUCACUUGUGGCAGCACUAUGUGAACAUGGCGCUCCUGCCGCUUGCGAGUAGCUCGGUGACGGUUCGACGAGACAUGGUGGUUUUCAACAAUCAAUCGGUCAGCAGGAUUGAGGGUGCAGUCAAUCACGUCAUACAACGCCUCGCCGACUGGAUCCUGAGCUAUCUCACAUCGCAGCUCGCGAAGCAGAAGAGGAACGACUUCAAACCGCGGAACGAUGACCUAUCAUUUGCAAGGGUGAACACUGAGCCAUGCGUCGCCUGCUGCGAUACCUUGGAGAGAGUGCGAGAUGCGGCAAAGUCGAACCUGAGUGGCAAGAACUUGGAAGUCUUCUUGACUGAGAUCGGCGUUGCCUUCCACAGUCUCCUACUGGACCAUCUGAAAAAGUUUCCUGUUAGCGCGACUGGCGGUCUCAUGCUGGCAAAAGACUUGAAACAUUACCAAGACACCAUCGCGACCUUUGGAAUACCCUCCCUGCACGAGCGUUUCGAGUUCAUCAGACAGUUAGGCAACGUCUUCCUCGUUCGUCCAGACAUCCUCAAAUCAUACAUCACCGAGGGAUAUCUCGGGCGUAUCGACUCGUCGUUGCUUAGGCCGUACCUGGCGCAGCGAAGCGACUGGGGCCAGGCGGAGAAGGGCUUCAACGACGCAGACGGUGGAGAGCUCGCAGACAACAAGGGCCUCCGCGAUCGCUUCGGCAUGGGGCGGCUCAGUAUGAUCAUGAAGGACCUCGAGCUCAAGGACCUGAAUGUCGGCAUGCCGCACAUGCCUGCUCUGUCCACCUCGCUGGGCUCGUCUUUCACGUUUGGCGCGUAA